UCGCCCGGGCGCCUGCCAAUUGCUUUUAAUUAUUAGUGUUGCACCGAAGGCGCUGCGCGCGUGUACUCCGUCACUGGUCAUAUGGAAUACUGCCAAGUCGGUCGUAUCGCGUAACCAGUUUUCAUUCAAUCGUCUUGGAAUACCUAUUUUGAGUUUAUUAUUUACGAUUCAGCCAGUGACUGUGUGGAUUGUGUUAAACCCUUUUUUGUGGGAUUCCCGAGGGGCAAACCCCAGUUUCUAUGUUAUAUCAAUUUUCUUUAUCAUCUUCAAAGUGUCGUGUGUGUUUAUAGGUCUUGUUUUCACGAUUAAUACUCUGUUUGAUGUUUGAUACAUUCCUCAAACUCUUAUCUCAAAGAAUUAUUGGUGCUAAACAAUUAGACUGAUAACUUAAGAAGACACAAUCUGGCAAGACUGAGACCUAUGAUGACAUAGCGUAAAAAUGUCGAAAGUGCUGAGCGCGCUCGGGGGCGCGUUACCCGACGAACGACCCUUACUCUCUCUUCAGAUCGUGGAGACUGUGGCCAAGUGCCCCACAGGGUACUGGCCUGUCAGCAGAACUUAUGAUGAAGACGCCGACGCUGGGUUACUGCGGCAGAAUGGACUGUUCGGGAAGAAACCGAGCCAUUAUAUUUGUUUGUCCAAGUCGGAGGGAGUUCCCGGCUACGUAAUGGACGGUGUGGUCAUAGUAGGGGAGAGAGAAGCAGCCCCGGCCGGGUAUAGCGUCGCAGGACGGGCCGGCAAGCGGCGGCUUUGCACGCGCGUAUCCCGUCCGGCGGCGGCGCGGGCGCAUCCGCCGGUCACUGACGUCAUCGUGUGCUCUAAGAUGAGGCAGGCUCCACAGGGAUUCAUUUUAGCUGGUGAAAUAAACGGCAAGAUGGUGUGCUACAAAGUGAGCGGCGGCAGCCCGGAGACUUCGCCCACACACAACGAGUAUGAAAACGUGCUUACCAACAUCACGCCUGAAGCUAAUCGGAGGUUACGAGUACCAGAGCGACCCCCUAAAUUGUCCCCACUAGUUUCGGAGCUAAACAACCUGAAUCUCAAACAGUCUCCAACUACUUACCCGAACAUUGAAGAGUUUACAUCAGACCAUGACUACGAGGCUUUAAGCCCCUCGUAUAAUAUCAAGCCAAGCCGGCCGGCACCAAGGCCCCCGUCGGCUAAGUCCCCAGUCCCGCACGGCAGCCCUGCGGGUCCCACGGGUCCCACAUCGCCGAUAUCUCACGGCCGCAAGAAGGGCCCCGCGCCUCUGCCAAGGAACACGAUUUAUCAGACGUUAGGGGGGUACAACGGGAUGGAAGGAGUACCAUUCUUACUCAACCCCAAGCUGAGGGGGCUGCCUAGUGAUAGUUUGACACAAUUGCCAGUGAUAAAGCGGCGUUCUCGCUUCGAUUUAGACCGUGACUACACAUACACUUUCGGCGUGGAGCGGCAAACGUGAGACGAAGCAAUUCCGACCUUACUGCCAUAUACAUAAGGUAUAUUAUACUAUACGUAUAGACCAUCACACAUGACUUCGAUACCAAUCGAUUCUAAACACAUAAAAAAAUCAUGAUUCUGAGUUUUCUAUAGAAAAUGCUCAAUCACUUUUGGUAGAAAUUACCCCUAAAUAGACUAAUAGUGUGGCCACUCCACGUAGAAUUUUCGAUUGCAGUAGAAAUAGUAACUGUGUGGGGAUUCAAAGCGGGAGAUUAUUAUCGUAAGCCUUAAAUGUAUUUCUGAGAACACCAAUCAUCUUAAUAUUAUAGGUGCGUUGUAUUUCAUUAAACCAGGGAUUGCGUAUGAAUGUAUUUUAGAAGUAUUUCAGGGUUAAAAGUAUGGAAAUAGACGACGGUAGUAAUCCAUCACAUUCCACAUUUAAAAGUACCUGUGGGAAUAUAUCAAAAAUGUACGUUGGCAACAAUUUAAUUUAGGUAUAAGCUAAAAUGUUGCCAGACUACAAAAAUAAAGCUUCCAUGGUAGUUUCUAUGUUUUGAUUCAAUGCUAUUAAAUUAUAAUGAAAUUGGUUGUGUUGUAAACGUGACGUAUUCAACUCAGUCUGCUCAAACGUAAGAUUGUGUUAUGAUUACUUACGUACUUUAGCAAUUUGAUUACAUAUCUCUUUUUUAACAUUGUAAAUGUUACGGUAUAGCUAUGGAAUAAGAGACAUUUGGAAUUUUAAGUUUAUAACUAAAUGAUAUGUAUGUUUAAGUUCAUAAUUAAUUAUAGAAAAUGUAAAUAAAAUUAAUCCCACUGAUUAGAAAAGUUAUGUUUACGUACUUACGUAUAUGACUUUUCUAUUACAAAAUUUUGCUUUCUUACUUCAAAACUGACUUGAGAUACUUAGCAGUUUUCAGACAAAAGAAAAUGUACCUAAAAAUGUUCAGUUUAUAAACAAAGCAGUAAGAAGAAGCCUUAGUCCAGCUACGGCUAGACUCGCAAAGUAAGAAUAAAUAACUUUUGUUCCAUUGUCUCUCAUUUCCUAGCUGGUAGUGACCCUGAGGCCUUGAUCGCGUGUCGGCGCGUAGUUAUAGAUCUCGCACGGAAUAUAUCUGUAUUUCAUUGAUGAUGCUACAGUACAUCCUAUGUAUCUUAGCGAGUCUAAAGUUCACAAUGUGCAUCAAAGAGCUAUUUUCAUUGUUAUAGUAUUAUCGACUUUAUUCAAAUUGAAAUAGAGUCUAAAUUAAAAAUUACAAUUUAAGCGCGUAGUUGCUUGGGUAUUUUUCAUGUCUCAGUUUUGUUGAGUUUAGAUUCUAUUUCUAUGAGGAUAGUGUCGAGAAUAGUUUGGCAGUGUGAACGAAAUACGGUACCUGUAAGAUUUCUGGCUCAAUUUACAGUUAUAUUACAGGUGUACAGAUCUAGGUCUAGAUAAGAUGUGUUGGAACUGCUUGUUAUAAUUGGGUGUUAUAAGCGGAACUGUAGAUAAACAAUUGAUUGAAAGGGAAUUAUGAUGACAAUGUUUUUACCAACUUCCCGAAAAGAAGAAGGUACUCAAUUCGAACGUGUAUAAACAUUUCGACAAUGUAUGGUUUUAUAAGUCGACAAUGUAUUUCUUUCUUAUGAUAUUUUAUGGGCACAAAAACUAUUUUAGAAAAAUAAACCUGUGGAAAUGUCUUCCCAGCUCCUUUGGGAUUUUAAUAAUUACAUAUGAUUAGAAGGUGAAUACUUCUGAGAUUAUCAUUUUAAGUUGGUAUAACUUCUUGAUUUUAAGUUGGUGUAACUUUUUCAUGACUCCAAUAUGAGUUUUUCCCAUUACAAAACUAAAAUAUAUGAUUAUAUUUUUCUCUCUUGAUGUGUUAAACUUUCAUCUGUAAGGACAACAUAAGCUGACUAGUAUACUUAGUGUUAACAGUGAUAAUGAUUUGUAAUGUAACAACUAUGUGCCAACGCCAGUACAAAGUGUAGCCUGACACUCGGCGCCAGCCAGCCAAUACGACUAGUCAAAGUGAACGAAUUUUGAUUAUUUGCACCAUUGCGACUGACAUGAUAUUAACGCUCACGAUUAUACAAAUUUUGUAUUAAGAGUAAUAGCUGUAUUAUGAAGAAUUAGAUAAGAUAUAAAUGAUUGUUUCGUUGUACAAAAUGCAUUUAAGGGAAACACCCUUAAAAGCAACUCCAUUUACAUAAUUCAACUAUAACCAGCCGUGAAAUUGCCGCCCAUAUCGGUCAAAGCUGCGACUUUACUGCUGAAAAUGGUUCGGUUAUCGUUAUAGUUAAAUGAUGUGAACCUCGGGGGAUCUCUUCGUAAUUUUAACCAACUUCAAAAAAGGGAGGAUGGUAUAUUCUUGAAGGGUUGAAGACCUCAAUGAAUUUUGCGAUUCAUAUUGACUUCUUAAUACAGUUAUUGAAGUCCAAUAUUUAGACAAUUUCAUGAAUUGUCAUGUUAUAUUGAUAUUGUCAAUAACCGGUGUUUUCAUGUAAACAAUAUGGAAGUUAUGAUUGAUUUAGUAAUGUCUGUUAGGUUACGUUAGUUUACAUAUACAAGAAUGUAUUGUUUCGAUGUAUUGCAUGUGUUUAGUUAAUACCGAUUGUUGAUACAGGUAAAUAACAAUAUUAUUAUACACACAUACAUGUGAUUUGUGAAUUAGUGAUGUUAAUUUCCUAUUUAUGUGAACAUUAUUUUUUCCUCUUCGUGAAUGAUAUUUUCCAUCAAGAAUGUAAAAAAUGUAUAACGUUUAAAUCUUAGGCUUUAGGGGUGAAAACUUUGAUUAAGAUCCAUCGCUCACGAUAAUAUUAUAUUGGUUUAUUACUUCCGCUGAUUUAGGUGGACUCAAAACAAAAUUUGUUUAUUAAAAGUAACGUUUAGUUAAGAGUCCUGUAAUUUCUUUGCUUAUGGUAUGCUCCCGAUAAAGCAAUGAGUGACCUUAAAAUAUUAAAUAAAGUGUGCGAUGGAGCUAAACAGUCCAGUUUGCACUAUCGUUUGUCAAUUCGUUGUACAUAUCUUAGCGUAUUGUGUUCACACGACUGUUAUUUAUUAACUCGAUAACUAGCUUUAUUUGCUUCUUAUUAUGUAUAUUCAUUCAACUGACGUUUUAACUAGAAUGUAAAGAGAUCCUGUAAUGCAAUUCACAUGUUUCUAGUUGUAAUUGUUAUAGAUUGGACAUGACAGAAUAGUAUUGUUUUUGUCUCAAAUCCUAUUUGUUUUACUCAAAUAUUUAUUAGUGAUAUUGUAAAUAAUUUAUGUAUAAUGCAAUUAGAGAAUUAGUACGCUUUUUUACACAUUAGAAAUGUAUUUCAUCUGAUAAUUUGUUUAGAAUGACUAUGAAGGAAUAAAAUUUAAAUUAUUGACUGAUUA